AGCUGAUGAGAGGAAAAAGGGAGGGAAGAAAAGCGAAUGUUUACAUGGUGAAUUUAUGAAUGACGUCGAGAGUAAACGAAAGAAAGGUGUGGCCUGAUUAAAGAUCCAGAGAGAGCGAGAGACCCGUAAUCCCCUUCCUCAUGUGCUAGUUUGAAAUGAGCUGUCAUCUUUUUGCUGGCUAAGCGGUGCUCAGAUAUCUUUCCUGUUCAGUGCAAACGGAAACAUAGCAUUGCUGGGUAUCAACAUGUGGGAUGGUGCCUUGAGAACAGCUGCUUGAUGGGUCUGGGCUGAAGGAGUGUGGGAGGUCUUUGACAGAGUGUUAGGAUGGCAACUGAAGCUUCUACCCUCCCAAGUCCUGUGGUGCGUCAGAUCGACAAACAGUUCCUGAUUUGCAGCAUCUGUCUGGAUCGCUACAACAAUCCCAAGGUCCUUCCCUGCCUUCAUACCUUCUGUGAAAGGUGUCUGCAGAACUACAUUCCCGCCCACAGUCUGACUCUGUCUUGCCCCGUGUGCCGUCAGACCUCCAUCCUCCCGGAGAAGGGUGUGGCGGCACUUCAGAGCAAUUUCUUCAUCACCAACCUGAUGGAGGUGCUAAAGAGGAGCCCAGACACUAACCUCAGUGAGGACUGCACUGACGCUAUCAACGGAGUGGCCACUGGACAACCACUCUCCUGUCCCAAUCAUGGAGGAAAUGUAAUGGAGUUCUACUGUCCACCAUGUGAGACGGCCAUGUGUGAGGAGUGUACUAGCGCCGAACAUGCAGAACAUGCCACCGUCCCGCUCAAGGAUGUUCUAGAACAGCACAAAGCCUCGCUACAGGAGCAGCUUGACGCCGUCAAAAACAGAUUGCCGGAAAUUGACUCUGCACUGGAGGUUUUGUCUGAUAUUCUGCAGCAACUGAUCAAUCAGAAGAGUUCAAUAGAAGAAGUGAUUCAUGCAACUUUUGAGGAGCUUCAGAAGACCCUAAACGUACGCAAAAGUGUUCUGCUGAUGGAGCUGGAGGUCAAUUGUGGACUCAAACAGAAGGUGUUGCAAGCCCAGCUGGAGUCGUUGCUGCAGGGGCAGGAGGGCAUUCGCAGCAGCUGCAGUUUCACAGAGCAGGCUCUUAAUCACGGCUCGGAAGCUGAAGUCCUGUUGGUCAAGAAGCAGAUGAGUGAGCGUCUUGAUGAGCUGGCAAGUCAGGAGCUCCCACUUCGGCCAGAGGAGAACAGCCAGCUGGACUUCUUGGCGGAGACCGACGGUCUUCGCAAAUCCAUCCACAACCUGGGUGCUAUAAUAACCACCAAUGCUGUUGCUGCAGAAACCGUUGCGACUGGUGAAGGCCUGAGGCAUUGUAUCGUGGGGCAAGCUAUAUCUGUGACCAUAACAACAAAAGACAGAGAUGGCGGACUGUGCCGGACAGGAAAUGCUCUGCUAAUAGCUGAUCUUUCUGCCUCUGAUGGCACCGUAGUGGGGGAAGGUGAAGUCACGGAUCAUAAAAAUGGCACUUAUGAGUUUGUAUACACGGUCCCGUGUGAGGGCCGCUUCACGCUCUCGCUAAAGCUCUAUGAUCAGCAUAUUAGGGGCAGCCCAUUCAGCAUACGUGCCAGCAAAUUGACAGACAUCUCCCUGACUUCAGACGGAGGAAAGAAACGUCUCAAAUCUCCAGGAAGUAGCCAUGUGAAACAGCGUGCUAUCAAGCGCCCCGCCAGCAUGUACAGCACGGGCAAACGGAAAGAAAACCCAAUUGAAGAUGACCUCAUGUUCCGAAUCGGAACUAAAGGCAGAAAUAAGGGUGAAUUCACCAAUCUGCAGGGAGUUGCUGCUUCUUCUAUUGGCAAGGUCCUGAUAGCGGAUAGUAAUAAUCAGUGUGUUCAGAUAUUUUCAAAUGAUGGACAAUUUAAGAGUCGUUUUGGAGUGAGGGGACGAUCACCAGGACAACUUCAGCGGCCAACUGGUGUUGCUGUGCACCCUAAUGGUGACAUUAUCAUUGCUGACUAUGAUAACAAAUGGGCCAGCAUUUUCUCCAGUGAUGGCAAGUUUAAGACUAAAAUUGGCUCAGGGAAGCUCAUGGGUCCUAAGGGUGUAGCGGUUGAUAGAAAUGGCCACAUCAUUGUGGUUGACAAUAAAUCCUGCUGCGUCUUCAUUUUCCAGCCCAAUGGAAAACUUGUAUCCAAGUUUGGCAACCGAGGCAACAGUGACAAGCAGUUUGCAGGUCCACACUUUGCCGCAGUGAAUCAAAAUAAUGAAAUCAUUGUGACCGAUUUUCAUAAUCACUCUGUAAAGGUGUUCAGUCCAGAGGGUGAGUUCCUACUGAAGUUUGGGUCAAAUGGUGAAGGAAAUGGGCAGUUUAAUGCACCAACAGGUGUGGCAGUAGAUGCCAAUGGCAAUAUUAUAGUGGCUGACUGGGGCAACAGCCGGAUACAGGUGUUUGACAGCAGUGGAUCCUUCCUGUCCUAUAUCAACACCUCCGCAGACCCUCUGUAUGGACCACAAGGACUGGCUCUGACCUCAGAUGGCCACAUUGUGGUGGCAGACUCUGGGAACCAUUGUUUUAAAGUAUACCGUUAUCUUCAAUAGCGCUUUCAUCUCUAAAAUUAAAUACUUGCACUUAUUCCUUAAAGCUGCCGCCCUUGUGCCAAAUGGGACCCUCAUAUUGCAUUGAAGUUGUGUUGUUGUGGCUUUGUUUGUGACACCCUCACCUUGGACAGAAGAACAGACUCUGUACCCUGACCGUGGUUCUUUGGUUUUGCAGUAUAAAGGAAUAGCUCAUCAAAAAAUACAAAUCCUGUCAUUUAGCCUCGGGUUGUUUCAAACCGAUAUGGAUUUCUUUCUUCUGUGGGAUGUAAAAGGGAAUUUUUGAAAAUAUCCGGGCCGUUCUUGUCUAUGUAAUUAAAGUGACUUGUCACCAUAAAUACCAUAAACAAGUUCCAAGCCAUACAAAUACAUUGUGGGAGGAAAAGAUCAAAAUCUUCCUGGUUGCGUUAAGUCUUAAAUCUAAUUAUGUUGUUAUCUUAGAGUGUCAGAGAUUUUUUUUUUUUUCUUAAAUUGCUUUAAUUUUGUAUGCAAAUUAAUACACAUCUUUUCAGUUUACUUUUAUUAUAUAAAAAAGAAAUCACCUCUUCUGCUACAUGGAAGAAAGUCAGAGUGAUUUGGAACAACAUGAGGGCGAGUAAAUGACGACAGAAAUGUAAUUCUUGGUUGAAAGUUAUGCGGUUUUUCACUUUUGACUCAAAAACUGCUACACAUUAGGGAACACAUUCAUGUUUGUACUCUAUAUGUUGAAAAAUCUUAAUGUUUAGAUGAUUAAAAAGGGAACUCUUCAAAGCAUUGGCAUGUAUAAUAAGAAUGCAAGUAAUGCGUUUCCAAACUACUAUUGAAUUUAUAUAUCUGCACAACAAAUAGACAAAACCCCCAAAACAAAUCUCACUAUGGUGGGCUAGUAUCAAUAAUAUUUGGCCUGAGUUAGCCUGUGUUUAAAAGUGAUGUCAGGAAUAUUCAUAAAAUAUGCAACAAUAUGUGCUUCUUUGCUAUUGACUGUGAUGUGCACAACCGUGGUUGGUACGAUGUUCUUAGAAUGCAAUUAAGUCUCUUGAAUCACCCAUAUUAUGCAAGAAACAUCACUUGAUAUGCUUUUUAGAUUGUAAACAAAAUUUCCUUUUUUAAUAUCACUGCACUGUUCAUUUGAAAAAUCAGACGUGGUCACUUCUCUAAAACAUAAAGGUUCAUGUGGUGUUCAGAGAAACAGUAUCACAUGCUCAAAUCAGUGCACCAGAUGCACUUUGUGAUUUAGCAACACAAAAAAUGUGUAUAGUGCUAUUAUUAAUAAUAGCCCCCUGGUUAAAUGUUUACCAGAAAACAUGCAUUAUUAUAAUUAAUGAUCUUCAUGUGUUGUGAGAGUGGUUGUGUUGUGUUGUGGACAAACCAUGUUCCGUGUUCAUAUUCAUAAUGCUUUAAAAAAAAAAAAAAAAAAAAAUGAUAAAAAGUGCCCAGGGUUCUUUUCAAGUGUAUUUAUGCCACACAGAUAGAUCUUCCUUGUCUCAUGUCUGCUCUCCUGUACAGUUCGAUCAUCAUACACAAUGAGCUAUUGCUACUUGUUUGCACAAAAUACAUGAUUUAUAACAUGAUGUACAUUCCAAAAUGUAUUUCUCCCCUUUAUAUCCACAAACCUGCUUUUGUAGCAUUAAAGCUUGCAUUUUACUCUGUUGUAUUACCACAUGAAUGGACAUGCAACCAAUUAUGCUUUUACAUUUGUAGAUCUCAAUGCCACAUUCAGGUGACCUGUGUUAUAUCAUUUUUUGCACAGCUCAUAAAUAAACUGCAUUAUUUGA